CAAAAGUCGUUUGGUUAUCUUUUCCAUCAAAUUGUAAACGAAAGAUCUAUUUAUUUAUUACAAUGAUAAAUUCAUCUAAUAAACAUGCAAGUUCCAUCAUUAUAAUUUUAGUUCCUUUCACACACAAUAAAACUUUUCUUCAAAAUUUUAGAAUUAACAUAAAAAACUUGUCAAAACGUAAUUUAGCCGUCAAAUAAUUAAAUACUCAAUGGCCAAGUCUUACUACUAUACUCUAAAAAUAGAAGAGUAGACUUAGCUCACCAAAAAGACUAGUUCAGAUUUAGUACCAAAACCAGAGAAAAUCUCUCCUUUUAAACCACUUUUCUACAACUUCCUCACUUAACUCUUCUGCAUAAAUACCAAACGAGUGAAGCCCUCGAGGUUUAGCAAAGAGAACACACAAGAUGGGUCUCAAUGCCUCCCUUUAUCUCCUCUCCCUCACCAUCUUACUCGUCUUCUCUAAGGUCGUUACAGCGAAUAACAUCACGCUGGCCUUUCAGAAAUACUCCAAAUUCAGCAUCAUGAGCAACCUUUUCAUCAAGACCAAGCUCAUUGUACCUAUCAGCAAAUACCAGACGAUAACCGUGCUUGCUGUUAGCAAUGACGCUAUAAGCUCCAUCACUAACAGAUCCGAAGUUGAGCUCAGGAACAUCCUCAUGACUCAUGUUAUUCUUGACUACUACGAUGAGCUUAAGCUUCAGGGGAUGAGGGAGAAGAGUAUAAUGCUUACUACCUUAUACCAGACCACCGGUUUGGGUGAACAGAUGAAUGGUUUCUUGAACGUUUCCAAAUCUGAAGGAAGAGUUUACUUUGGAUCGGAAGUGAAGAACUCACCUUUAAACGCUGAGUAUGUCUCGACGGUGUACCACAAUCCUUUUAACCUCUCUAUAAUCCAGAUCACCAUGCCAAUAGUGGCUCCUGGACUCAGCCUUGCAAUUUUCCCACCUCCACCACCACCCGUUCCUGUAUCUCCAUCUCCAACUCCCAUGGAUGCUUCAGUGGUUCCAGGUCCAUCUCCCAUGAAUGCUGCAACAGCUCCAGGACCAGCUGCUGAUGACAAUUCCUCAGAUUCUGCUGUCCCAAAAACCCCACCUGCAACUGCAACAGCAACAGACACACCGGAGGCUGAUUCUCCAGCUCCUGCUCCAAGCGCCGAUAAUGAGAAGAUUGAAGCUGCUGAUAAGGCUAAACCAUCUUCUUCUGCUUCUAAGGCUGGUUCGAGCUUUGAUGUCAUUCUCUUGCUAGCAUUUUUGGCUAGCUUUGCUGGGUUCUAAGAUGGGUGAUGUGGGUUAAAGACAAUAAUGGUAGGUGAGAUUCAAAACAAUUUUUCUGUAGCUUUUUUAACUAAGAAGAGAGACACGACCAUUGGAAGUGAAAACCUAAAUGUGAUGAGCUUUCUUCUCAUCAUGCAUUGUAUUUAUCAGCCAUUUUGCAAAUGUGAUGUUUGUCCUAUUGAUUUUGUAACACAAUUCUAAGUGUUAGAACCAUGCUUUUACUAAUGCAAAGGAUGUUAAAAGUAAAA